AGCUAAACUCUGCAGGACACCGGCCCUCCAGGACCGAGUUUGGGCAGCCCUGGUUAAUGAGGAUCUGCUCUGUUCGUUUAGCUCGUCAUUCGGCUAGAUUCGAAAGAUUCGAGUCACUCCUCAUGAAUCAAAACCCCCAACACUAGUCAGACAGAGCCGUUGUCGGACCUCCCCGUCACCAGAUGGCGGGCGCGUCAAGCACCAGCACCAGCCUUAAAGCUUCUUCCGCCGCUGUUGUUCCAGUCUCCGCAAAAAUGGCCGCGGUCGGACGUUUAUCCCAGAAGCUCCUGAAGUCAGCUGGGCUGACCCAAACCCGUCAGCUUUCGGCUGCAGCAGCAGCUCACGGCGAACAAGCAGCCAAGACCUGGAAGAUCCUGUCAUUUGUGGUGGCGCUGCCUGGAGUCGCGGUGUGCAUGCUGAACAUGUACCUCAGGGCUCAACAACACAGCCAUGAGCAGCCGGAGUUCAUUCCCUACAGCCACCUGCGCAUCCGCAGCAAGCGUUUCCCAUGGGGUGACGGCACCAAGUCUCUCUUCCACAACCCUCACGUCAAUGCCCUCCCUGACGGCUACGAGCAUCAUGAUGAGUGAAGGCUUUUAGGAGCUCUACCAGAACUCCCCUACAGGGACCAGAGAUUUCCCUGGACAUCUGUCCAGGGCUGGACCACUCCUCAGUUUCUUUCAGUUUACAUGACAUCUGUCCAGUAUGUUGAUUUUACCUCUGUGCUUUCCACACCUAGUGGAAAUACCGUAUGAAAACCGUUACAUUUGCUUAAGGACCAUGUUAUCACAUUGUCUGCUUAAACUGAAAUUAAAAUCUAUUCAUUAAAUUAUAAACCGUGUUAGAAGUCUCAUUUUUGAAGAGAGUGACUGAGUGGGUCAGAUCCUGAGAUACAUCAUUGUGUUUUACUUGUUUAAAUGCUGUAUUGAGUGAAGAAGAGAAAUGCAUUAAAGAAACACGUUUUUAAAAACUGCUUAAGGAUUUAUGAAGUGUGUGUAAAAUUAUAUUCAUAGGUGC